UCCUCCUCUUCCUCCUCCCUCCUCCUCUUCUCUUCCCAGACCAUCCCAGCUUGUCUCAUUCAGCCUAAGCUAGGCAAGGAGAAGCAACACUUUCUCGCUGCCGGGCGGGUGCCUGGCCGAAGCUUUCCCACGGGAAUCGAAGCCUCCGCCACCUACUGAGGUUCCGGAACUACGGAUUUGACUGGGAGGACAGCUCCACCUCUCGCUUGCAGUACCUGGGCUCGCCCCUGGGUAACUCAGGAUCUGAAGAGCUGUGAUCUUGCUGUUGUUGGAUAGAGAGGGAGCGUGCAGGGAGGGAGGGAAGGAAAGGAAGGACAGAGCUAGGAAGAGUCUCAGCAACAGAUGGAGAGGACAACAGGGCACUACAGGAAUCCGACCGGAGAGAUUUUUCUUCUUCCUUUGCACUACUAAGAAAAGACCCCUCCUUUUUAUAUCGCAGCAGCCCCUCAGCAAACAUGCCUUUUCCACCGAUUCAGCAGCAACAGCAGCAGCCACAGCAGCAGCAGCAACAGCAGCAGGUCCCUGGGGUUCCGACACCUCCCACUGUCACUGCUCCCGCUCCCCGAGAGCUGCCCAAGAAGCCUGCAGCCCAGAGGAAGACCACAGUGCAUGCCCCUCCGGUCCCAGGUUCCCUGGCACCUGCAGCUGGAGGUGAAAAGAAGAAACGACCCCCCGAAAAGCCGGAGAUGCUCCUCUCUAGCUCCUGGCCGUCGGCAACACUGAAGAGGCAACUGGCUAGGAGAACCCCAGGCCCAGCAGCCAGCAGGACUCAGCCACAGCCCCCACUGCGCCCCACUCAGCAACCCUUAGCUCCUGCCACUGCGACCACCUCCCCGCCCGCGCGCCCGCUGAUCCCUGCCACCUGUACCGUGCCCGGCCUGACCCACUCCUGUGAGAGCCUGGCAGCUGGCGGGGCCUCUGUGCCGGGGCCAGGGGCGGGCACCGGCAGCGGGGAGGAGGAAGCUGUGAGGUUCUCUUUGAGCCUAACCCCCGAGGCGAUUUUGGUGAUUCAGAGGCGCAACCUGGAGAAGCAGUUGCUAGCGCGGCAACGCAGACCCUUCCCUUCGCCAGCCGCAGACACCAAACGCCUCUUAUCCUCCUGCCCCCGGAGCAAGGCUGGCGCCGCGGGGACCACCUCCGGCCAGCGGAAGGGCAUCGCCACCAGCGGCGCCGGGAGCACCCCGGUUGGGAGCUUUGGGAGCACUAGUCGCCGCCCUACGCAGUCCCAGCCCCAACUCCUUUCAGGUGCCAUGCAACCCUUACCCACCCCCUCCCGAGGGGGGCAGCUGGGAAGUGGAGACUUACGGACCUUGCUGAAGAUCUCUCUCCUGAAUGAGCACCACAAGUAUGAUGAUGUAGAGUAUGAGGAGGAAGCUGAGGCGGUGGACGAGGGCCUGGUGAGGAAGUGUACCGAGUGGUUAAGGGGUGUGGAGAAUGCUGCGGCCACCAGAGACAGGGCUGAAAAGUUGGAGACCCUGCCCCACCUGGGCACCCUCUGAGGCAGCCCCGAGGAGAGAGGUGCUCCUCCCCACCCUGACUUCCCCGGUUUGAAUAAGUGUGGGAUUUAGGGUUAAAGCCCACAGAUCUUUCUCACUAGGACUGAAACUUCCACAUCACCAGUGUUCUUCCUCAUCCCGUGUCCCCAUUAGCAGACCUCUUACUCCACACACCGUGCACACAUUUCCCUCAGCCCAGGGUGGCAGCAGAGCGAUACUCCCCCCAUUGAUUUCUCCAGCCGUAGAUUUAUUCCCUUUCCUUCAGGUUUUGAAUCUCUGACCCGUGGCAUUAGUAUUCUGUCCCAGUCUUCCUGCCCCGUGGAGCCCACUGUUCCUUUUUUUUUUUUUCCUUCUAUUUCUGAGGUUAAAAAUCAGCGGGUUCCAAAAAAUGCCGUGAAACCCCACCACAAAGGUUCAUUUAUUUAGACACCCCAGUGUUCUUGCCUAGCGACCAGAAACUAGAAGGGACAAGAAACUAGCAGCCUCUUCUAACUAACCCUUGGAGUUUGGUUUAUGAUGGUUCACAUAGAUGUAGAACAUUGGGCAGGGGUCGGAGAUCAGCGAGCAGUCUGAAUCUAAGAGAUACUUGGGUCACUGGAAACCGACUUUGACAUUUUUAUUUCUUGCUCCUCCGAGAAGCCUGUUGCUGGACUUGGGUUAAUCGGAUAGCUGGUGCUGAAUCUCUUCACAUCUGAGCCAUCUAGAUUUUGUUUUUCACCAGAAACUAGAAAGCUGGGGGUGGGGAGGCAUCGGGGAUCCUGGCAAGUCAAAGACAGAUCCACCUCUGAUGAGAACUGGGAUUUAAGCCCCGGAAAUAGUAGGCUAUGGUAAAUGAACGCUUUAAAGGAUGUGUUACUUUGUUGACAUACAACAGGUGAUUCAUCAUGGGCUUUGUUCUCUCCUUUUAGCUGUCCUUUCUGUAUGCUGUGCACACACACAAGUCUUUCCUGAAACACAGUUACUGGAAUUGUUUUCAAGCACUGGACUCAGGAGGGAGGGGGAAGAGGGGUCAGCUUUUGUCAAGACCAUAGUCUUUAUUCGAAGUGCUCACAAAAUAUCUUUUGUAUUAGGGGAAAAAGGGUAACCAAAUGGGGAAGGAAAAAAUGCACUCAGCUGUACCAGGACACAGGACAAAAUGUUCUGGUCUUGUGGAGAAAUUUCCUGGGAGAGUGAAUUAGGGGUGGGAAGGGAAGAAGCGUUAUGUAUGUGUUUUUAGUAUUUUUAAUCACUGUGUAAAUAUCAUAGUAGCUUUGUACAUUUGUAUAUAACAUUUAAAAAGAACAUUUCUAUUUAUUAUUUGAAUAAAUGGUUAAAUAGCUUUGUGUUUCAAUAGCCAUACAUUUUUAGUUCCCAACUGGAGGUCUAAUAUAUAUCUCUAUGUAUAUACUUUUUAAUUUUUUUUUUUAGCAUUUGAAUACACUUAAUUUUAAAAUUGAAAAGGCUAUGUAAAAUGUGGAUGCUCAGAUAAGGCCUGAAUAAUGUAAAACCGAUAGAAUGUUUUUCUUCAAUAACUGACUGAUUUAUAAUAUUUUAACAGUAACUAGUUUCAUAUCCUUUUAAAAAUAAUGUAAGCCUUCUAUGUUUAAACAAGAACUAUACAUUUUUAUUUUUUUGAACUAAAAAAAUUGCAGUAGAAAUCUUUGCUUUGGUCUUUCAAGAUAAGGGAUCAGAAGCAAAUAGUAUUAGCCAUAAGACAUGAAAUACUGAAUUGACAGUGAACUAGAUCAACCACUUGCUAAAUUCUUGCCUGUGAAAAUGAAGUCCAGGCCUCUUGAAAAUAAAAUCUUCCUCAGUUGGACAGUUUCAGUCUAUUUUGCAAAUACAAUGGGAAAUCUAUCUAGUUUGGGUAAGAGAGAAGACACACAAAAUUCCUUUUCUAAAAUGCCUGUUUCAGUAGCCCUGGGGCUAAUUCAGCAUUGAAGUCAAGAUAUUUAACUCCUAAAUGCAGCUGUAGACAAAAGAAACAAAGAUAUUUUCACAAUCUGAACUUGUGGAGGAAAACUAAGUCUAGAAUCUAAGAGCCCUUAGGAAUGAGUUGAUCUUGUAGUUUUGGGAUGGAAGCCUCUAUGUUGUGGAUCAGAUCCAGGAUCAUCUGAAUUUUACACAAAUAUUUCAGCAGGUAUCAAUGAGUAAUGUUUCCUUUAUGCCUAUAUUUGUAAAAAUGUAAUAGUAAAAAAAAUACAAACAGCAAUAUUGUGACUUACUUUAAAAUGAGAUUGGUUUUGUAUCAAAAUCCAUGUCUCUUUAUUUCUUAUGUCUCUCUGUUUCUGUAUCUUCUUCCAAAUGUAUUUUUGCAUGUCAUAGUGGUUUUUUUCCUGUUUUUUCUUCCCUGUUUUCCACUCACAUGUAAUUUCCCCUUUUUCUUUCUCACCCCCUGAACCAGCUCAAGAUAUCACAUUAAAAAGUGUAUAUAUAUUCUAUCUGUUGAAUAAUAACAAUAACAUACACCUGUAUAGCAAGGCAUAGUUAAAAAGCAUUUUGUUUUAUGGUAUCUCGUUUAUUCUCUACAAUAAUCCUCUGAGGCAGGAAGUGAAAAUUACAUCAUUCCCAUUUUAAAGUUAUGGAAAAUGAGAUUCAGGGAAAUUAAUUUAGUUUUAUCCAUGGUUAUACAGCUUUAAAAAAAGUUGUAGAUCCAAGACUCAAACCUAUGUUUUUGCUUUUUAACCCAUUUUUUUUUGUUCUUCCCCAUUUUUAUUUUUAGAAACAGGUAUUUAGAAAGUUUUAUGUUGUAAUUCUCUCUUUUAAAAACUACAACAGCAAAAUAACUAAAUCAGAAAACUUUUUACUUAAGUGAUCCUUUAGAAAUAAUUUGGUAUUUCUGUAAAUGCUGUAAAGAGAUAUACAUAAACAUUGGGAAGUUUCCUAAUUGAUAAAACUGAGAAUAUUUGGACUAGAUGAUCUUUCUAUAUCUAUUUGUGUCUUUUGUGGUUCAGUGAGUUCCAAGAGGAAAAAAAGGGUCUUCUCAUUAAUAGAGUCUACUUCUAGACAUUCCUGGAAUACUGAGAGAUUUAUAGUUCCUUCUUCUGAACCAUGCAUUCAUUUGUAAAUAAAAAUUUCUAGGUUAUUCUCUAAAAACUGUUAAAAAUUAGGGGAAGGGAUAUUUCUAAGUUGCUUUUGAGUUCUUCUAUGAUGGACAUUUUUUUAGAUACAAAAUGGUAAUGUUAUUAUUCUACUGGAAUUCUUUUCUAGGAUGCUGUUCUCUGGAGAUGAGAAUGGCACGUACAUUUACACUAGUUGCUUUCUGUUUUAAAGAAAAAUAACAGUGUAGAGAUGAGUUUUUUGUUAUAUUUGAAAACAAGGAGACUCAGGCUUGAACUCUACCUUUGAUAGCUCCUAGCUGUAGAACUAUAGAUAAGACACUUACCCUGAGAACCUAAGGUCAUAGAUCCAGAGCCCAGAGGAACCUCUCUAGCCAUUUAAUCCCAAUCUUUUUCCAAUUCUCUUUAUUUUACAGAUGAGGAGAUCAAGAUCCAGAGAAAUAAUUUGCCAAGGGUCAGUUGGUAGAGCUAAGUUUUGCAUUUCUCCUGUAUCACACUGCUACUGUUUCCCCAUCUGUAAAAUGGAUACAACCCUCAAUUUAUCUCAUCUAUAUCUUGUUUGCACAUUAAUCUGUGAGUUUCUGAAAAGAAGGAAUAACUGUUUUUGUUAUUGUUUUUCCCUUUCUUUGUAUCCUCAGCAUUUAGCACAGUGCCUAGCAUAUAUUAGAUACUUAAUAAAGGAAUUUAAAAGCACCUAGAUGGUGCAGUGGAUAGAGUGCUGACUUUGGAGUCCAGAAAACUUGAAUUCAAAUCCUGCCUCAGACACUUAUUAGCAAUGUGACCCAUGGCAAGUAAAAACAAAAACCAGUCCACCUCAGAUUGCCUCAGUUACCUCAGCUGUAAAAGUUGAAGAAAAUAAUAUCAUUUGCUUCCCAGGUUUUUGGUGAAGAUUAAUCGAGAUAAUGAUUGUAAAGCACUUAGCACAUUAUAAGCUAUAGUAAGCUCUAUCUAAAUGUUAUUUAUUCAUUCAGUCUUUUUAUUACUCUUCUUAAAGUGUCUAGCAUAUAACAUGUGCUUAAUAAAGACACUUAGAGGUACUGAAGUAAUGCUAUAAAUAGAGCAUUGGACUUAAAGUCAGAAACAGCUGAGUUUAAAUCUGACCUUAGAUACUUACUAGCUCUGUGAAACUGAGUAAGUCACUUACCUAGGUCAGCCUCAGUUUCCUCAACUGUAAAAUGGGGAUAAUAAUAGCAUCUACCUCACAGGGUAGUUGUGAAAGUCAAAUGAGAUGAUAUUUGUAAAACAAUUUAGCACAAUACCCAGAGCAUAGUAGAUCCUUAAAUGCUUAUUCCAUUCUCUUCCCUUAAUACACACAAGUUAACUGGCUACUUCUAGCUACUAAUAGCAUUUGGCCUUUAACAUUGCAAAGAACUUUAUGUAUAUUUUCUCAUUUGAUCCUCACAGUAAUCCUGGGAGAUCUGUGCUAUUAUUAUCCCCAUUUUACUGAUGAGGAAACUUGAGUCUGAGAGAGGUUAAAUGAUUUGCUAAGGUCCAUACAGCUAAUAAAUGUCUGAUGCUGGAUUUGAAUUAAUAAAAAUGAUUCUUCCUGACUCUAGACUCAGUGCUACAUUCACUUCACCACCCAACUGCCCAUUAUGUCAUCAAACUUGCUACUAGAAAGUAAAUGAAAUUGAGAAAAUUAUAUUUGUAGCAUCAUCUCAGGGGUAAUUAUCAGGAUCCAAUGAGAUAAUGGGAAGUGUUUCUAAACCUUAAAAUGUGAUAGCAAAGUCAGCUAUUAGUACAAUUUUAAAAGGUGACAUAUUCAUAAUCAAUAAGAUUUAUUAUCUGCCAACUAUGUGCAUAUGUAUAUUAUAUUCUUGGAAAGCUUGAUUUGGCCUAAAGUAAAACUGAAUCCAAGAUAUGACAAGAUAUAUCAUGAUGGGAUUUCUCUUCCAUGUAGAGUAAUUAACAGAAAAUGAUGCAUAAACGCUAGAAAAUUGGCUGCUGGGUUACUUUUCCCUACUCCAAAAACUAUGCUUAACAUUUCAGAUCAAUUUUAGCUAUGUUGUGCGGUCAGUGCAAUUAUAUAUUUUUUUAAGAAUUUGACUUGGAUCACCACAAUUCCUAACAUUGGCUUUGUCUCCAAAGAGUCUUUGAAUAUGAUGUUGGCUUUUAUUGUAAGCAGGGAUUAUCUUCCCAUUAAAAUGAACACAUAUAAUAUGCCCUCAUUUCCAUGAGAAGUAUGAUAUUUCCUAUGAUUGUUAUAUAUAUAACUUUUCAGCCUCAAAAAGUUAAAUAUAACUAUCCAGUCUGGCCCUAGGCAUUUUGUAGAAUCAACUGAAGCCAACAGAAGGACUUUAAAAAACUGUGAAUUUCUUUGGCUCUCAUUUCAAAGAAAGGAAGGUUAGUUCCUUUGAUCUUUAAGAUUUCAAGAUGGGGAUGGGGAUUCUGGGAAGAUGGCACAGUCAGUUGGUAAAUUUCAAGCUCUCCCUAUUUCCCCACAAAUAGGAUCAAAGAAGAAUUAGGGCAGAACAGAAGUCCUUCUGAUACAACCAGAGAAGAUUGGAAGAAACACUGGGGGCUGGGAAUUAACCCUUAUGAAGCACCCUCUGGGCUAGUGGGAACACCAAGUGGGGAGUCCUGGGACUAGCUGUGUAGCUGGGAUCUCAGCAGGAACCACAAAAAUUUUCACCUCCUGGAUUAUUCGUGGAGUCAAGAUUUGAGUCCAGGAAGACUGAGGUACCCUCAGCUGAUUAGAAACUUCAGGCCCAAUUCUACUUCCGGAGCACGGUCCUGGCAAAAAGGAACUAGCACCUGGUGAGUUCAGAGCCAAUGGGACAGGAACAUUGAUGGCUGUGGGCAGUUAUGGGAGGAUGGAGCUCUUGGUUUGGGUUCCUGGUCUGAGGGAAGAGCUGAGAUGAAACCAGAGCCAUCAUCCCUUCACCCUAUCAUUGGAGAUGCUUACACUAAUACUUUUUAUUUAAAAAAAAAAUUGAUCUGACAAAGAAAAAAGAACCUCAUUAUAGAAACGUACUAUAGGAAUAAUGAAGACUGGGGUUCAUUGUUCGGGGCCCCUCACAGUUCAUCUUCAGAGGAGGAUGCUGAUAUAAAAAAAGCUUCUACCUCAAACAGUAAUGUGAAAUGGCUCUUUGCCCAGAGAGAACUGACAGAAGAACUUAAAAAAUAAUUUUAAAAAUUAAAUGAGAGACACUGAAGAAAAAAAAAACAUUCAAGAAAAACAAGAAGAAUAUGGAAAAAAAGUUAACCAAUUAGAAAAGGAGAUACAGAGUCUCAAAGACAAAAAUAAUUCUUUGAAAAUUAGAAUUGAACAAGGGAAGCCAGUGAAGCUAUGAGAAACCAAGAAAUUACAAAACAUUAUAAAGAAUGAAAAAAUAGAACAGAGUGUGAAACAUCUUAUAAGAAAAACAACAGAUCUUGAGAAUAAAUCAAGAAGAGCAAAUAUAAGAAUAAUUGGACUGCCUGAAAAUUAUGACAAAAAAAGGAUCUUUACACAAUAAUGCAAGAAUAAUCCAAAAAAAUUUGUCCUGGGUUGAUAGAACAUGAGGGGAAAAUAAAAAUAGAAUAAAAACCCACCAAUUACCACCUCAAGCUCUUAUGUAGAAAACACAUUGGAACAUUAUUGCCAAAUUUCAAAAUCCCCAGAUGAAAGAGAAAAU